GAGCAAUGAGAGGCCGAUUUAUUAUUUUUUAACGAACGCAGGGGUUUUACUGUCCAAUCCCAGUGUAGAAACAAGGCGGGACUUAGCGUUACCAAGGCAAGUCUUGAGUCAAGUAUAAAGGGAAUAACAUGGUGUCCCAGUGGCUGUUUAUGUUUACUUAAAGAAGGGAUUUGAAAGGGCGUUUUGCAAGACACGGCGAAGUUUUCUUUGUAGUUCCACUGUUUUUAGCACUUUACCUUUUUUAUGUUAAGAUUUACAAGGCCAGUGGCAUGUAAAUCGCAUAUUUCACUAAUGUGCCAGUCUUACAAAUGGAAAGGGGGCUUCACUUUGGAAACGUGAGCAUUUCCCUGGUGCUCCUGCUGUUGCUGAAAGCCCUCAUCGGAUUCGGGACUUCGCAAGCUCCGGGCUCCGCCAUCGGGAGGGAGUCGCAGUCCGCCACCCGGGGUUCAGGUCCGACCUCGGGGGAAGAUGGUGCAAGAGUCAUGGAGCGGAGCUUGGAGAACGUUGGCUCCCCGGUCAUUGUAGCAGACGUUACCGUGGAGGAUGACGAGAACGGGUCGGCGGGGGAGGCCGACGAAUCAAACGGAGAAAGUAGCGGAAACGUCCAACCGUCAAGGUCCCUUGUGAUCAUCAGUACCCUGGAUGGGCGGAUCUCUGCUUUGGAUCCUCACAACCAGGGCAGGAAGCAGUGGGACCUGGAUGUCGGCUCAGGGUGCCUGGUCUCAUCCAGCCUCAGCAAACCUGAGGUGUUUGGCAAUAAGAUGGUCAUCCCUUCACUGGACGGUGCCUUGUUCCAGUGGAACCGGGACAGAGAGAGUAUGGAGGCAGUGCCUUUCAGCGUGGAGUCCCUGCUGGACUCGUCUUACCGUAUCGGGGAGGACACUGUCCUGGUUGGGGGAAAAUCUCUUACUACCUAUGGUCUAGGUGCCUACAGUGGCAAGCUUCAGUACAUCUGCUCUGCGGUGGGCUGCAGUCGCUGGGGAGAUGAGGAGUUGGAGCCCGAAGAUGUUCUCCUGCUGCAAAGGACUCAAAAGACUGUGCGAGCCAUCAGGCCCCGAUCAGGGAUAGAGAAGUGGAACUUCAGUGUUGGAAACUUUGAGUUGAAGCUCCUUCCUGAGACGCAGUCUGGAAUGAACUUCCUGGAGGGAGAAGUUGCAAACGGCGAGGCCUGGAGGGAGAGUCAGCGGGUCAUCACUGAUGAACCAAAAGAGAAAAGGCAGGCAGAGAAACAGCAGGACCAGAACUUGGACCUCGUCAUCAAAGUGUCUGUUCCUGACUGGAAGGUCAUGGCCUUCAGCACCAAGCCUGAGGGACAGCUGGUCUGGGAACGUCAGUUCUGCACACCGAUUGCUUCGGCUUGGCUGGUAGGUGGGGGUAAAGUCACACCAAUCGCCCUGUUUGAUGACAAUGGCUACAGCAACCAGUCAGAAACUGAGGAGGAGGAGGACGACGACGAUUUGAAGAAGGCCAGAGUAGAUGAAGAGUCCAGUGUUUACCUUGGGAUGUACCAGGGGCAGCUCUACCUCCAGUCCUCAGUCAGGAUGAGUGAAAAGUUCCCUUCCCAAGCUAUUGGAUCAGAAAAGGACAUAAUCCCAUUACCCACGGUCAAAUGGAAGCCUCUAGUCCAUUCCCCAUCUCGGACACCAGCCCUGGUCGGCUCUGACGAAUUUGACAAGUGUCUGAAUAAUGACAAGUACUCCCAUGAUGAAUACAGCAACGGAGCCCUGUCCAUCCUUCAGUAUCCCUAUGACAACGGCUACUACUUCCCCUACAGCAAGCGUUACCGGGUGAAGCGCUACAGUGCCGUAAGCCUGAUAAACGGAAAAGGUGCUCAAGCUGAGAGUGGCAGGAAAAAGGACCCGGUGCUGUUGCUCCCCUGGUGGAAGGAGAUCCUCGGCACUAUCAUCUUCUGCAUCGCCGCCACAACUUACAUCGUCCGCAAAUUUUUCCACCCUCCCGCCCCUGUGGCCUAUGUGAGGCAACGUAAAGAGUCAGAGACACAGUGCCAGACAGACUGCAAGUUUGACCUUGAGGUUGUGGAAUCCAAAGAGCCGGUUGCUAUGGAGACCCGUUCCAACGAAUAUGUGUCCAGGUACCUCACUGACUUUGAGCCAGUGCAGUGCCUUGGCCGCGGGGGGUUCGGUGUUGUGUUUGAAGCCCGCAACAAAGUGGAUGACUGCAACUACGCCAUCAAAAGAAUUCGUCUGCCCAACAGAGAGCUGGCCCGUGAGAAAGUGAUGCGAGAGGUGAAGGCCCUGGCCAAGCUGGAGCAUCCGGGGAUUAUCCGCUACUUCAACGCCUGGCAGGAGAGUCCCCCCGAGGGUUGGCAAGAGGAGAUGGACCAGAGGUGGCUGAAAGACGCCAGUACCACGGACUGGCCAAUGAGCUUCCUUGACCACAUGGAGGCGCUGUCAGUCAAAGUUCCAGUGUCCAGCUCAGUGUCCCCUGUCCCUGGGCCCAGAGGAGAUGUUCUGGAGACCUCUGUGGAUGUGCGGGCCCUGCUCUCCAGCAGCAGCAGUGCAGUAGGUUUUGGUGUUGACGAUGGAGACCUGUCCUUCCAACCGCUGCUGGGCCAUGACAGCCUGAUGUCGGAGAGGGACAGCCAGGCCGACCCGGACGCCUCAGACACCCCCCACUCCUUCGAGCUCUGUCCUCCACGUGGCCCCAGCGACUGCACUUCUUCUUCCUUUGACAUCGUGUUCGAGGACUCGGGCUGUGACCGAGAUGCCGACGCAGAGACGGACUCGGCGUCCAGCGCAGCCAGUCCAAGCACGCUGACGGAGAAGAACAGCUCGUCUUCCUCGCACACCAGACAACAGGAAUCUGUCCCCCCCUCCUCUUCCUCUCCCCCCCGGCCAACCUCACUUACCCUGGCUCUCCCCACAAGUCCUCCAACCCAGCGAGUCCAGCCUUCUCCCAAGGUCUACCUGUACAUCCAGAUGCAGCUCUGUAGGAAAGAGAACUUGAAGGACUGGAUGGCUCAGCGUUGCCUCCCGGAACAAAGGGAACACAAUCAGUGUCUGGAUAUCUUUGUCCAGAUUGCAGAGGCCGUUGACUUCCUGCACAGCAAGGGACUCAUGCACAGAGACCUCAAGCCCUCCAACAUCUUCUUCACAAUGGACGACGUGGUGAAAGUGGGAGACUUCGGCCUGGUGACGGCCAUGGACCAGGAGGAGGACGAGGACGAGCCGAGCGCCCUGACGCCCGCCCCGCUCCUGACCCGGCACACGGGCCAGGUUGGCACCAAGCUCUACAUGAGCCCAGAGCAGCUCUCUGGAAACUCGUACUCUCACAAAGUGGACAUUUACUCUCUGGGUCUGAUCCUGUUUGAGCUGCUGUACCCUUUCAGGACGCAGAUGGAGAGAGUGAGGACACUGACAGAGGUGAGAGCACUGCGCUUCCCAGAGGUUUUCUCCAAAAACAACGUUCAGGAGCUGAGCAUGGUGCGCAGUAUGCUGUCGUGGAGCCCCAGCGAGCGUCCUGAGGCGGCCGAGAUCACAGGGACUCCCCUCUUCCAGGAGCUGGAGCUGCCCCGUUUGGCCAUGAGGCAGCGCUCCCGCACCUACAGCGCUUCAUCCAUGGGCCGCCCUUCACGCCAGACAUCGACUACCUGAAAGUCCCAAGACGCAAUAUGUAACCCCCAUUCCACAAUCCCCCUGUACCCCUCUCAUACCCACUGCUGGUCUGCAGCCUAAAAUAAACACCUCAGCCCCCUGCCAUUACACACUGCCUCAGACUUUAAACGCCAAGUACGACAAAUGUGCAGGAAUUUAUCUCUGACUUCAGAGUGAUGAGACUAAGUCCUGCACAGUUACUCUCCUUGGCAAACACACAUGCCGUUACAUAUUCGCACACCAUUAUGCUGCCCACGUUCCCAUUUUUAAUCACACUUACAAGAAAGAAUAUUUUAAAAGCAACAGCCGUUCUGUAAUGUUCACGACCAGACUUGGCUCAAGUGGUACAAGCAAAUAAUUCUUAGUGGUUAUUUUAAAUGGCUCUGAGUACCAGAUGGGCAGUGUGUAAUGUGGCCAGUCAGCUCGGAGUAGACUGAGCUAUUAUCAACAGAACAUUAUAGCUCAAUGAUUUUGAAAAUGUUUACCUGAUUGUUUUGAUUAAGUGGCAUUCUCCUCACUCCUCCUGACAUGGCAAACUUGAUCAUCUGGUACUCUAUGACAAAUAUGCUAAGAACUAUUUAACAUAUGUAUGGAUGUCAGUCUGGUCACAACACGCUGCUUGCUCGCAACAUUCAGCCAGUGUUCACUCACCCACACGACACCUCAGGUAUCAAAACCAAGAGGACACUCCAAAGGGGCCUUUGAUGCUUGAUCAUCCUAUCUACUAGUGGCUAAUACUGAUCACUGGUACGAGCACUAACUGGUGUUCCGACACCCAAUAUGCCUGAUUUGGGAGACCAAAAAAGACCAUCUUUUUUCCUAUGUGUUUUUUUAAAUAAGAGAGGGUGAUGUAUUGCGUAGAGAAGAGUUUAUGAAUCCAGAUCAGAUAUGAUUUGCCUUUAGAGAGGGGCCUUCGGCCUCCUCUGAAUGAAUGCUGAGCCCUGGGCUCCUGUCUUUUUUGCAUGUACCUGAUAGGAAGGUGAAGGGGUGAGUGAGUUUGUUAUCUUAAAGCCAGUACCUGGAAGCAGUUUUUCUGUGUGUAAAUUUACACAUUGAAUCUGAGGUGCUCAAUCAUUUUCCAACACCUCCUCUUUGCUCUAUGUAUAUAAAUGAAGGGAAAAAUCUGUUUAUAUCUUUUUCUUGUUAAUUCAGAAGAUAUGUUUGAUCAAUCCUGUACAUAUUGUAAGGCGCCAUUGCUUGUAAAUGGCUUUUUCCAUGAGGCAACUGUAAGAUAGUGUGAUAUACUGUAAGAGAGGGAACAAAGAGGAGACGAUCUCUGCCAUUAAUGGAUAGCUGAAUGUUACAGUGUGACCUCCUCAGAGACAGAUGAUGGUGGUCACCUCUUCUAGCUGUUUGAAAUUAUUCUCAGUGUUUGUUUUCACACAUGUGGGUCACCAAGUGGAAGGGGUUUGCCCUGCAUUGAGCACCGGAGUAGAACCUGCAGGACCAGAGUGCCAUUUGAAAGUCAGUUAAGUGUACUUUUCUGAAACUGAUAACUCACCUCACACUUUUUUUUUAAAAAACGUGCUACUGUGCUCCAACCCCAUCCAGCUGGUGUUCCCUGUGAAACACCACAAAUACUGAGGUCUGCAGCCUUCCCAUGAUGAGGAAACAUAGCAUUUAGGAUGAUACUGUUUAAUCCCCUUUACAUUGUCUACUGGGGACCUGGACCUGAUGUUGGUCAUGUGAUCCACAUAAGCAUUUGUUUUAUGUACAUAAGAAGUGCUGGGAGAGUCACAUGACCCGUUUGUAACUUCACACACACAAACUGCUAAUUGUAAUGUGCUUUCAAUGAUUGUACUUUUCUAAGGAUCUUCUCUCUCUUCUUUUUUUAGUAAUAAGCGCAGUUUUUUGAUUAUUCUGCAGGGUUUUUUGAUUACUGUAAAGUCUUGACUGUCUCGUACAGGAUGUCAAGAUGUUCGUUCAUGCAUCCACUCAGCCCACGGAAGAUGAGUCAUUCUUAAAUGAUCAGUUAUCUCUUCAGAGUUUUAAAACCGACUGUACUCCCACCAUGAUAAGGGUGGAGGCUGGGAAGUUUAGUUCCAUAAUGGCAUAUCCUCAUGUAAGGGGGGCAAAAUGUGAAGACUCAUUCCGCAAAUUCAGACAAAAGUUGCUUUGUGGAGGACAGUAUGUUGGUACUGUUAAGUGUUGACAGUGUAACACCUUUUGUAGAAUUCAUUUGAUAUUCCAAAGGAAUUCAAUAAUGGCUCCAGGAUUAAUCCUACUUCCUGCAAAGUUAGUUCAAAGGAUUAUGAUGUUUUUUUUUUGUCAACUUGAUAGAACUCAGUUCCUUUGAGAAUAGUUAUUUAAAGACUUGUUUGUGGAGGAUUUACUAAAGUAAAGAGGGAUUAUUUAACCACUUAAAUCACCUACAGUCAAUAGCUUGUCAACUUUAUCCCAUUAACAUUUAAAACAGCAUUACUGGCAAUAGUGUAUUAUUAGGGAUUCCCUUCUUUUCACUCAAACCAAGAAAAUGUGAUUAUACUGUAGGUUUUUCAUGUUUUGUUGAAUUGUGUUUAUCCUCCUUCCACUUCCGUCCAGGUAGCUUUUCCCGAGGACAGUUCAAUUUAAAAACCCAGAACCCUUCUGUCAACCUCUGAUGCCUCUGUCUGGAUAUGUAGUUGCCUGUUUCUGUGCACAAACCCCCAUUCUCUGUCCAUGUUGAAUUGUAAAUAUGUUUAUUUGCUUUAUUUAUGUUUCGAUGCCGUGAUCAAUCCUUUUUGGGUUGGUGUUAUUAUGAAUGCGCUUCAUGCGAUGGAGCGCGUUGGAAUAUGAUGACUUCUUACAAGUCUAAAUUUAAUAAACUGUUCUAUACCGUU